AUGGAGAAUUAUCACAUUUUAGAGCGCAUUGGCGAAGGAUCAUUUGGAAAGGUCUACCGCGGGCGCCGCAAGUACACAGGGCAUGUUGUUGCGCUGAAGUUCGUGACGAAGCAAGGAAAGAGUGUGCGAGAUCUUGAAAAUUUGCGCCAAGAAAUUAAUAUUCUACGACGUCUCAAUCAUUGCAAUAUUAUUGCAAUGAUGGAUUCAUUCGAGACUGAACGUGAGUUCUGUAUGGUGACAGAAUAUGCCCAAGGAGAGUUAUUUCAAGUUUUAGAGGACGAGCACAGUCUCCCUGAAGAAGAGAUUAAAAAACUUGCUAUUCAGCUCAUUCAAGCUCUAUAUGUUCUGCACUCAAACCGCAUCAUACAUCGAGAUAUGAAGCCUCAAAAUAUUCUCAUUGGCUCGAAACAGCAAAUCAAAUUGUGUGAUUUCGGCUUUGCUCGCGCUAUUGCACACGACUCGAGUCUAUUGAGAUCGAUCAAGGGUACACCGCUGUACAUGGCUCCAGAACUGGUGCAGGAAAAGCCGUACAAUUACACAGUGGAUUUGUGGUCGCUAGGUGUUAUUUUAUAUGAACUUGCAGUGGGAAAACCUCCUUUCUACACAGAUAGGAUUGUAUCGUUGAUUCAGAUGAUUGUGCGCGACGACGUCAAGUAUCCAUCAACGAUGUCUGCAGACUUUCAGAGCUUACUAAAAGGAUUGUUGAACAAAAAUCCAGCUCAAAGACUCAAGUGGCCAAAAAUCUUGGACCAUCCGUUUAUACGAGAAACUCCAGAGCAACUAGAGACUCGGCUUCAACUCCAAAGACAAAUUCGUAGUCUACCACGUUUCUUCAGUGAUCAGAAGUCAGAUGAAUUUUCCCAAAACAACAAAGAGGAAAAAGUGAAACCAAGUUUGGAGCGUUUGCUGAAAUGUGACGAGUGGAAGAUCUGCGACCCAGAAACAGGUCAGCAGCUAUCUCAGCCCGAAAUGUCGUGUGAAAACAUUAGUACGAGUCCUAUGACGCCUAUCGCUAGCAAAGAUGAUGAUUGUGAGCCGUCUCCACUUUCUAAACCUCCAAGACCCGUCUCUGCUGUUGCGCUUGAAAGUUUUGUAGCUGGCUGGGAUCAGUUAAAUAAGGAACUGGAUAUCAAGAAUCUAAAUGUGGACCUUAUAAGUACUCCAUUGUUCUGCAAAGUUGUCAGCAUGCUACCGUCGAUCGCUGCUGAGGAACUACUCUCAAGCAGUACUUUAAACAAGAUUGGAGCAUUGCUGCACAUCUUGUACCGCACUUCAGUGCUUCGGCUAAAGGAAUCUGACACAGUGACAGAUCUUAGCGAUUUCCUGCGCGCUAAGUCUAGCAUUCACUCCUUUUUGAUGCGGUUAGUUGAAGCUUGUGUACUCGUCCAGGAGCAUAAAGAACAGAUUAGUGACGUGAUUUACAAGAGUGUACGAUGCUGUAUGAUAUUCACGACACUCAUCAAUUCUAUCGGAGCUGAAAAUAAGUGUAAUGAGCUGCCUGACUACCGCGUGUUUUGCAUGAGCGAUGUUCAAGUUAUCUUACUCAUGCUUACGAGCAAGGACCAAGUGGUCGCAGUCUGCCAUUCAAAAGCUCUUAAGUGGCUGGGAUCAAUGAUUGAUCAAUCUCUUAACCUAACAACACUGCUGGAAAUCGUGUAUCCAUCAGGAUUAAUCCAGACCUUGUGCAAACUCUUACAAGCAUCAAGCAUUUCCGAAACUGACCGAGAUGUAGGUAUGUAUACAAUUUUUGCUCUGGCUUCGUUCGUUCAGCCAGGUGCAAAAUGCUGGAGUCCCCUUCCGCCUUUUCCUGUAUUUACGUUAGUGCGUGAAAGUCAUAAAGUAUUAAAAGCAGCUGAGAUUCACGACGUCAAGCCCUUAUACAAACUUCGUGUGAAGAUUCACACUGAAGUAGGAUUGCAUCUCUUAAGCAGUGGUGUCAAGGAACUGCUGGGUACUCUCGGUAAUGAAAUUCAUGAGCGCAUUCAAAACAGCGAUGCUGAAAUGAAUGAAGAAGACGACAUUGGCGAAGAAGACGCGGAUCAGUCUACUAUUUGCUGUAUUUUGAAGAUUCUUUUGCAUGCUUGUCGAUCCUCGGCACCUUUAUCGAAGAAACUUACCGUGACAAAUAUACUUUUUCAGAAUCACCCAGACGCAGAUAUUAUCAUGAUUUUGACAUACGGCUAUUCCCAUCGAAGACUACACCAAAUCGAGCAGUACUUUGCGACAGAACUUUUGUCAGUGAUGCUGCGCCGUCGUGUGCUGCCAAAACGACAGAUAUGGCAAUGUGCAAAGAUGUUAUAUCCUAUCUUUGAAGACGCCAACGACUCUGCUGUGCUCAGUGCCUCCAGCUCGUUUUUCGCAGAGAUCAUUGAAUCAUGUAAUUUGGAUGAAUCUGCGCUUGACAGCGACAGUCUUGAAACAUUUACAACCCAGCAUAAAGAGCUUUGGAAUUUAGUAGUGCAUGGAUCAAUCAGUGUGCGAUGUUUCGAUGCGAUUUUGCGCCUAUUUCGCACCAGCGCAACAGCCACGGAUGUUAGCGCCAGUAAGUCAGAAAUGCUCACAAGCUACAACAUUCGAGCACAAGGACUUCUGGACUCUGGAGUUGUACUUUUACUUCGAAUUGCAUCCAAAGCGUCAGCUAAAUCCCGAUCCCAAGUUAAGGAAGCAGGAGCGACUCGAUCGGAGGAGAUGAGUCUCUUUUUGUCUGUUUUUGAGCAUGCACACGUCUGGAAAGUGUUUGCUGACAUGAUGUACAAUGGUGGGGCAGACCUCCUGUCACCUUGGGGAUUGUUCUGUUUCCUUAAAUUACUUCGCACUGUGCGUGAGGUGCAGUGCAACGAGCCAGAAAUGGAAAUUGCAGUGAACGAACAUUUGUUGAAGCACUUGGUGAACUUACUACAAUUAAAGCACAUAGAAUAUCUUUUCCAUUGGCCGGAACUGGUUGGAGGUGGAAGCAAUGCCGUCAAAGCGCUUGUACAUGCCACUGUUAAAGUUCUAGGUAUUCCAUUUGCACACAGCGUGUCGGAAGAGCUUCUGAUUGAUACGCAAGAGAUCUUGUAUGACACCAACUGCGUACAAAAACUGCUCGGCGUUCUUCGGUUUGUAUUUUCAACAAAAGAAUUGCUUUCAGAGGCUACAGUGCUCGAGUUACCAAUUAGCUUUUUGUCGCGACUCGUUACAAGUUCGACCCAUUUUGGUAGUCAAUUUGUCAAAGCUGAUGGAGUCUUGGUCAUUAAAGAGUGUGGCAUGCUGGGUCGUAAAUGUUCACCAUCCUUAAUCAUUGACACGCUCUUGAUACUAAGUCAACUUGCCCGCACUUCUCCAUCCAACUACGACUAUAUACUUCAGGCGGACCUGCUACCAGAGUUUUGCGACCUAACACAACAUUCUGAAGCCAUGGUGCGUGCGAAAACUCUAAACUGUAUUGGAAAUUUGUGUCGGCACUCGGCAUAUUUCUAUCAGCACUUUAUCACUCCAACUAAUGGCGAUUCAUCCAACACCAUUUUAGCGGGAACGAUCCGUGGCUUAUUAGACCCUGACAAUUAUGUACGUCGGUUUGCAUGCUUUGCCAUUGGCAAUGCAGCUUUUCACAGUGGAGAAUUGUAUAACGCACUUCGUCCUACCAUUCCGCUAUUGAUCCAGAAUCUUCACAACGAUGAGGAAAAGACUCGAUCGAAUGCUGGAGGGGCACUUGGCAAUCUCGUGCGCAAUUCGGACGAACUCUGCAUCGAUCUUUGCACCCACGAAGCUCCAUGUAAGCUUUUAAAAUUAGCCAUGACAGAGACUAGCACUGCCUCUCGUCGUAUCGUCCUUUUUUCUCUCGGCAACUUCUGUGUAUACCCUGAAUGCUAUAAUUUUCUUCUGGAGACUGCACCUGACUUUGUUGAAGAACUUGAGCAUCUGUACGAUAAAGUGGUUGCAGACGAGGUAUCAAGACGAAAUAUUCGACGUAUCUUAGCGAAAAUUGAUUCAUUGGAAAACGAAGAGGAAGAAAGCAGUCGUCAGUAA